AUGCCGCUGUCGGACCUGGGCCUGGCCUUGCUAGGCCUGGUCCUGGGCUCCUUCUGCAUCCCUCUAGGAUCCGUGGCGCCAGGCAACAAUUCCAAAGAUGCUUUGAAUGUCCUUCUAAUAAUUGUGGAUGACCUGCGUACCUCCCUGGGUUGUUAUGGGGACAAGCUCAUAAGGUCUCCAAACAUCGACCAACUGGCAUCCCACAGUCUCCUCUUCCAGAAUGCCUUUGCCCAGCAAGCAGUGUGUGCCCCGAGCCGAGUUUCCUUCCUCACAGGGAGGAGACCUGACACCACCCGCCUGUAUGACUUCAAUUCCUACUGGAGAGUGCAGGCUGGAAACUUCUCCACCAUCCCCCAGUACUUCAAAGAGAAUGGCUACGUGACCAUGUCGGUUGGAAAAGUCUUUCACCCAGGAAUAUCUUCUAAUCAUAGUGAUGAUUCUCCAUAUAGCUGGUCGGUUCUACCUUAUCAUCCCUCCUCUGAAAAGUAUGAAAAUACUAAGACAUGUAGAGGGCCAGAUGGAGAACUCCAUGCCAACCUGAUUUGCCCAGUGGAUGUAGCAGAUGUACCCGAGGGUACCUUGCCUGAUAAACAGAGUACCAAGAAAGCCAUACAAUUGUUGGAAAAAAUGAAAACAUCUACCAGUCCUUUUUUUCUGGCCGUUGGGUAUCACAAGCCACACAUCCCCUUCAGAUACCCCAAGGAGUUUCAGAAAUUGUAUCCCUUGGAGAACAUCACCCUGGCUCCUGAUCCUCAGGUCCCUCCUGGCCUCCCUCCUGUAGCCUAUAACCCCUGGAUGGACAUCAGGCAGCGGGAAGACGUUGAAGCUCUAAAUCUCAGUGUGCCCUAUAGCUCAAUUCCUGUGGACUUUCAGAAGAAAAUACGUCAGAGCUACUUUGCCUCUGUUUCCUACAUGGAUACACAGGUUGGCCAUCUUUUGAAUGCUUUGGAUGACCUUCAGCUGACCAACAGCACUAUUGUUGCAUUUACCUCAGAUCAUGGGUGGGCUCUAGGCGAACAUGGAGAAUGGGCCAAAUACAGCAAUUUUGAUGUCACUACUCGUGUUCCCCUGAUGUUCUAUGUUCCCGGAAGGACGGCUCCGCUUCCAGAGGCAGGCGAGAAGCUUUUCCGUUACAUCGACCCUUUUGAUUCCAUCUCAGAGUUUAUGGAGCCAGGACGGCAAGUCAAGGACCUCGUGGAACUUGUCUCUCUGUUUCCCACACUCGCAGGACUUGCAGGAUUGCAUGUUCCACCUCACUGCCCCAGACCCUCAUUUCAUGUGGACCUGUGCCGAGAAGGCCAGAGCCUUCUGAAGUAUUUUCAACUUCAUGACUUGGAAGAGGAUUUUACUCUCCGUGGUAAUCCCCGUGAGUCCAUUGCCUAUAGCCAGUACCCCCGGCCUGCAGACUAUCCUCAGUGGAAUUCUGACAAGCCAAGUUUAAAAGAUAUAAGAGUCAUGGGAUAUUCCAUACGCACAAUAGACUACAGGUAUACUGUGUGGGUUAGCUUUAAUCCCCAUGAAUUUUUGGCUAAUUUUUCUGAUGUCCAUGCAGGGGAACUGUACUUUGUAGAUUCUGACCCUUUGCAGGAUCAUAACAUGUAUAAUGACACCCGAGGUGGCGAUCUUUCCAAAUCAUGGACACCUUGA